UCGUUCCCUGGCUCUCCAUGUCACCAUCUGUGGCACAAUCCUUCUCUGUCACUCUCCCUGCCACCCCCUCCUUCUCCUUCCUCGCUCUCUAUUCCUGCCUCUCUCCGCAUCUCUCCCUCUCGCCCCUUCUCUCGCUCUCUUUCCUCCUCCUUCUCUUCUCCCUGUCACGCAUUUCGCAUCACUCCCCCUCAUUCUGGCUUUCCACCCACUCACUGUUCUCUCUCUCUCUCUCUCUCUCUCUCUCUUUCUCUCUCUCUCUCUCUCUCUCCCCACCUCCGACUGACACCCCUUUUCCCUCUAUCUCUAUUGGCUCCUUAUAGUCCUCUGGUCCCCAUUUCUCUUCUUUCCUUGGGAGGCUUCUUCCUCCACCCUGACCCCGGGCUCCCGCUUGCAGAAGCCCAUCUGUGCCCCUACCCUCCAGGAGGAGUCCUGGAGAUGGGGGGUGACGCACCAGGCGCUGGUGGGAAGUCACGGCCGGAGACCAGAUGGGAGAGGCGCUGUGGGCAGACGUGGCUACCACAGGCCUAGGAGGGGGCCCGGGCCGCAAGCGGUAUAGAAGUGGGCAUUGUGUGGGGAUCCCAGCUACGGGGUGCUCUGGGGGUACCUGGGGACUGGGCAGGGAGACGGGGCAUCAGAAUGAUAACCAGCUUGGCAGCAAGGAGGGGAGCCCUCACCCCACGGGCAGAACAGCAGUGUCAGAGCUGGAAGAAACCAGAUGCAUCGUGUCACUUGGCCCCCUCGGCUCACCUGCUGGCCUUCCUGACUGAGCUCCCUGUCUGUGCUGGGCACUGUGCUCAGCACAUUCCCACGUAAUCUUUACAGCAAACCUGGGAGGCUAAUAGCUGGCUGCUGACCGCCCUCCCUUCAGCCAUGGACACACCCGGCUAUCCUUCAUUGGUGCCCACGACCUUGGAAACUGGGAAUGCCUCUUCUGCCUGGCCCCUGGAUGCCCCCUUGGGAAACAUGUCCGUGGCCCCAAGUACGGCUGGGCUGGCCGUCCGCGGUGUCCUGAUCCCACUGGUCUACUUGGUGGUGUGCGUGGUGGGUCUGCUGGGCAACUCACUGGUUAUCUAUGUGGUCUUGCGGCACACAGCCAGCUUGUCAGUCACCAACGUCUACAUCCUCAACCUGGCGCUGGCCGAUGAGCUCUUCAUGCUGGGGCUGCCCUUCCUGGCUGCCCAGAAUGCCCUGUCCUACUGGCCCUUCGGCUCCCUCAUGUGCCGCCUGGUCAUGGCCGUGGACGGCAUCAACCAGUUUACCAGCAUCUUCUGUCUCACUGUCAUGAGUGUGGAUCGCUACCUGGCGGUGGUGCAUCCCACCCGCUCGGCCCGCUGGCGCACGGCACCGGUGGCCCGCACUGUCAGCGCGGCUGUCUGGGUGGCCUCAGCAGUGGUGGUACUGCCCGUGGUGGUCUUCUCAGGUGUGCCCCGGGGCAUGAGCACCUGCCACAUGCAGUGGCCUGAGCCGGCGGCGGCCUGGCGAGCUGGCUUCAUCAUCUACACGGCUGCGCUGGGUUUCUUUGGGCCACUGCUGGUCAUCUGUCUCUGCUACCUGCUCAUUGUGGUCAAGGUGCGCUCAGCAGGAAGGCGGGUGUGGGCACCCUCGUGCCAGCGGCGGCGGCGCUCCGAGCGCAGGGUCACGCGCAUGGUGGUGGCCGUCGUGGCGCUCUUCGUCCUCUGCUGGAUGCCUUUCUAUGUGCUCAACAUCAUCAACGUGGUAUGCCCGCUGCCCGAGGAGCCCGCCUUCUUCGGCCUCUACUUCCUGGUGGUGGCGCUGCCCUAUGCCAACAGCUGUGCCAACCCCAUCCUGUAUGGCUUCCUCUCCUACCGCUUCAAGCAGGGCUUCCGCCGGGUCUUGCUGCGGCCUUCCCGCCGUGUGCGCAGCCAGGAGCCCCCGGUGGGGCCUCCAGAGAAGACAGAGGAGGAGGAUGAGGAGGAAGAUGGGGAGGAGAGUGGGGAGAAGGGGGCGGGAAAGCAGGGGGAGGGGAAGGAGAUGAAUGGCUGGGUCAGCCAGAUCACACAGCCUGGCACCAGUGGGCAGGAGCGGCCGCCUAGCCGGAUGGCUGGCAAGGAGCAGCAGUUCCUACCCCAAGAGCCCUCAGCUGGGGAAAAGUCGGGCACACUGCACAUCAGCUGUCUGUAGGGGUCUGUGGAGGGCCAGGGUAGCUCGCGGACAGGGCAGAGGCUGUGGAUGCACCUAGGUGCCCCAGGUGCCAGGGGCCCGUGAUGGGAUGUUCUGAUCCCAUUGCUACUGAGACUCACCGCGUGAUCUCGGAUAGGCCAUUUCCCUUCGCCGUUUCCCUUCUCUGAGCCUCGUGUUCUCCUCUGUGACUCAGGGAUGGAAGUAAUUGGCCUAGACGAGCUCUGCUGGAUGAAAAGACUGGAGGAACGUCACGGCGGGGCUGACCGUCCUGAGCAGGGCCCAGGUUAAGGCAUAGGUGCAGACUGGCCAUCCUCUCAGAGACAGAGCAUCCUCAUGGAUUGAUCUGAAUCUUGGCCCUCAGAGCGAUAAACCGAGGCUGGGGUGUCCUGGGCUCAGAGUCAGGUUCA